AUGCUAUGUCAGAAACUUCGCAGACUUGGUCAAAAGCUGGUACACAGACGUGCACUGGAGCAACUGGUACCUGAGAUGGCCCCUGACAGAAUCCUGAGCACUCUGGAUUUAGUGGCCCUGGGUGUGGGCCGCACAGUGGGUGUAGGUGUAUAUUUCCUGGCUAAUGAAGUAGCCGGCAAUCAAGCAGGACCAUCCACUGUGAUCUGCUUUUUGGUGGCUGGCCUCACAGCGUUGUUGGCUGGUCUGUGCUAUGCAGAGUUUAGUGCCCGGAUUCCCCAUUCUGGCUCUGCAUAUCUCUACUCCUAUGUCACUGUAGGUGAAAUCUGGGCCUUCAUCACUGGCUGGAACCUCAUCAUUAACUUUGUUAGUGAUGCAUUCAUUAUGAUCCACACCUGGAAAUUAAUUUUUGAUGACCUAAUUGGGAAACGGAUCUCUGAGACCCUGCAUGAGAGCAUCUCACAGCAUGUUCCCCAAGUCUUUGCAGAUAAUGUGGGCUGCUUUGCUGUGGUCCUUCUGUUGUUGUUUAUAGAAAUUCAAAGUGUGAAUGAUCGUUGGUUCUUCAUAGUUUUCAAACUGUUCACAUUGGUGAAACUUUUGGUUCUCAGUUUUGUCAUCAUCUCUGGCUUCAUAAAGGGGGACCUGCACAACUGGAAGCUCACAGAAGAGGACUACAUACAGGCUGGACUCAAUGACACCUCUAGCUUGCGCCCUCUGGGCUCUGGAGGAUUUUUUCCUUUUGGCUUCCAGGGGAUUCUCCAUGGAUCAGCUACCUGUUUCUAUGCAUAUAUUGGUUUUGAUAGUAUUGGUUUCAGAGUUGAGAGAGCCAAGAAUCCCCAGCGUUCCAUCCCCAAAGGCAUUGUGGUUUCACUGCUCAUCUGCUGUUUGCUGUAUUUUGGUGUGUCUGUGGCGCUUACGCUUAUGAUGCCUUACUACCAGCUUCGACCCGGGAGCACCUUGCCUGAGGUAUUUCUCUAUAUUGGCUGGGCCCCUGCCUACUAUGCUGUAGCUUUUGCAAUUUUUUGUAGUAUUUUUGUCAGCAUCUAUCGGGGCUUUAUGGUCCCCAUAAGGUGGAUGAUAUACAUGAUGGCAAAGGGUGGCCUCCUGAGUCCUUCCUUUGUCAGGAUGUGUACAGAUACUCACCUCUUUUCUACUGUGUUAUUUGGCAUUUGUGUAGCACUCUCGGUAUUCUUUUUUGGAUUUACUUUUUUGGUGUACGUCAGGUCACUUGGGACCCUGAUAUCUUAUUUUGUGGUAGCGUUUUGUGUUCUCAUCAUCAGGUAUCAGCCUGAGAGGAGGAAAGAGGAAAAUGAAGCACAGAAAGAGGCAAAUGAAGUGCAAAUGCAGGAGGAGACUACACCUGCAGCAGAGAAGCUGACUCUAAGGAGACUAUUUUUUCCAGGCAGCCCCACCCCCACUCCACUCUCUGGCUGGGUUGUCUAUGUUUGCUCCUCACUGCUUGCUCUGCUGCUGAUUCUCCUCUGCCUGGUGCUGGCCCACUGGCCAGGUCUGCUUUCUGGAGAUGCAGGGGUGAUCACAGUGGUUGUGCUGCUCCUUGUUCUCAUCACUGGGACUACUGGGGUCAUCUGGAGACAGCCACAGAGCUCCACUCCCCUUCACUUUAAGGUCCCUGCUGUGCCUCUCCUCCCACUCCUGAGCAUCUUUGUGAAUGUUUACCUUAUGAUGCAGAUGACAUCUGUCAUUUGGACUCGGUUUGGUGUCUUGAUGCUGCUUGGGUUGUUUUUGUACUUCAGCUCUGGGAUUCAGCAAUGCCUGUCACUGAACCCAAACUCUAGACUUUGA